GGCUGGAAAGGGGAUAUGUUUGGAUCUCUGCUCUGGAAUGAAGGUGUCGCCGGUUGUGUGAGGAAACGGCGCCCUCUGGAGCCGAGAGCGGGGCACUGGCUGCGGUGCUGCCCUCUCCCAGCCUGCUGCUCCUCGGCGCAGUGCGAAUGUGAACAAAAAGAAAAACAUGUCGAACGACUGUUCGCUCGGUGAAUGCGGAAUCUUCAGCGUGUCUCGGGUUUGAAGCGGAGCUGUCGUUUCCGCGGCGAAGAGGCCGGAAAGAUGGUGCAGAAAACGCUGGGAUCCAUUGUAGGUCUGCUUUGCACAGGGACCUGUUUGGCCCAGGGAAAGGAGUCAUGUAUUGGCGUGAACAGUGAGAGAUAUCACUGUGAUAUGGGCUACUGUUGUGGGGAGAGGGAGUGCUGCACAUACUACUACGAGCUGUGGUGGUUCUGGCUGGUGUGGACUCUAAUCAUCAUGCUGAGCUGCUGCUGUGCAUACCGACACCGGCGUGUGAAGAUGCGCCUGCAGCAAGAGCAGAGGCAGAGAGAGAUCAGCCUCAUGGCCUACCAGGGAGCCUCCAGUUCCUUCAUCUCCCCACCACCCCUUAACCUGCGCUUCUGGACAGACUGCAAGCUACCUGAUUAUGAAGAAGUUGUAGGCCACCCCCCAACACCUCCUCCACCUUAUUCCGAGAUGCCUCCAGAAAUCUCACCCUCUAUCCAACCACCUGCCAAUCAGUCAGAGUCAGCUGUGGUUUUGGAGCCCCCAGUAGAGGCUGCACAAGCCGAAAACCAAGCAUCUGAUUCACCGGAACAGGACCUUGCAGCAGUCGCGGCCCCAUCAGCGUGUAGGGAGGAUGAGGGACCGGAUGUCCCCUUGGAGGAGGAGCUAAAUACACGACGGAGGCACGUGACUGGCGACUCAGGUAUCGAAGUGUGCGUGUGCCAGUUGGAUGUGGACGAAUGCUCUGGGCCAGAGGAGGAUGAAGGCAGGCUGUGUCAGGUAUCUGGAGGUGGCUGUUGCUCUGAGCGUGAGGCCCUGAGACCCAAAGAGCACUCUCACUCACCCGAACCCUCCUCCACACCCAGCGGAGACCGCCUGGUCUGAGUCACAUACAAAGGCUUCCAGCAAUAAGGCAUGGAAAAAGGGGAUGGCAACGUCAGCUUCGUCAACGUUAUGAUUAUGACCUAGUCAAUUAUAUUUUUCAUUUUUUUCAUCCUUUUUUCCUUUUUAUUUUUGCCAGUGGGUAGGGAUGACCUUCAAGUGCACAUGGUAAGGCAUUAAGUGAUGUCUUUUGCCAUUCGAGUAACGACUGAAUGAGUGACUUUCUGCCUGUGUCAACAAUGAUGACACAUGGUCUCUCUUUUUUUUUUUUUUUUUUUCUUUCCUGGAGUGGAUUUCUUUAUUUAGCUUGGUUAAGUGGUUGUGUUUUCCCUGAAUCACCCUUGUUUUGCUCUUUUUUCAAACUGGUUUGAGUGCAGUGCUGCGAUUUGGAGUGGGAAGACAAAGCAGCACUUCCAAGUAGAGCUUCUUCAUCCCAGCGCAGUCUCGGCCACAUUACAGUACAAAUGAGCAUUCCCACCCACUCUGUACUCUGUACUUUGUCUGUGUGGCCUGGGUUUGGUCUUUUCCCCUCUUGACAUUUUGUUUUGGCCAUGGCGUCAUAGACUGGCAGUCACUGACUCAUCACAAGGGGGGCUGAAAUGCAGGGAAUGGUCAGGGGAAAUGUUCCAGGAAGAGCGUCCCUCCAGUGGUGUCUAGGCCUGACUGCAUGCUUUGUUUUUCACAAGCCUCUGUUAAUGAGAGCACAGCUGCAAGCCUGACAUCAGCCGAGCUCCAUCCCCCAGGACCAAAGCACCUCUCAGUCAGAGAGGAAGAGAAGGGACUGGACAGCACAGCUUAAUAAGAAGACAGUUCCUUUAAGAUGAGGCAGUUGCGACAUGCCCCCCACACACCCGCACACACCCUCUCCCCUUGGCUCAGAGACAUGCUGUGGUCAACAGUGGGUCGUAAGCCAGCAGACAAGAUAUGCUUUGACUGCUGCUCUGGUUUCGGGGGCACCACUGCCAUUCGCUAGCUUUCACUUUAACCCCCCGUUGACGCUCGGCCUGUGAAGUGAACAUCUAUAAAAAGCCAGUGGUUGGCAACCUUCACGCCAGACUGAUAGCAAUAUAAAUGUGUCUAGCCAAGUCAUCCCUCCUUGGGGGUGUGGGUGCGGUGUUUAAGCUCUUUUGCUGUUUUAGCUGUGAGAAAAGAAACAGCAAACAUUGCAGUUUAAGAAAGAGGAGAGAUGAAUAGAGGGAGGGAGUGAGUUGACUGAAUAUUUAAUUGGUGUAAAUACCAUCUUUCUUUUCCUUCGUAUUUGGUAACCUACGUCUUUUUCCUUCAGCUCUCUGUUAACAAGAACCUUCGACAUUUUUGUACAUGACACUUUCCAAAGCAAUAAGGUUUCUUGAUCCCUCAGGUUUUAGACCACUGUUGUGACCACAAGUUGCAUUAAUACCAUGCAUGUCUGUUUAUGCGUGCGACUGUGAGGGCAUCUCUUCCUGUCUCUUUGUAUUUAAAACGUGAAAUAAAAAAAAAAGUUUUCCAACAGAAAAAUGGACAGACCCAGCCUUGACCAGUGCUGCUGCUGUUGCUGCUGCUAUUUUGACCCUUGUUAUAGAGCUCUGUGUGCGGGUAUGUUUUGCUUUGCUCUCACUCGAAUCGCUCCUCCCCUAGCUCAUUAAAAUCUGUCUAUCUUCUGAUCUAGUACGCCAUUCUCUUAAUGCAUUGGGUACAUUCUUUUAGCUGACUAACUAAAACCAGCACACACAGAGGUGCUGUGUACCAUGUGUGACAUUUUUUCCACAUGGGUCAGCCUAGCUGUGUACUUGCAUAUAUUCAUUCAUGUGAAGGGGUAUGUAUCUCUUGCAUCACAUGCUUUCUUUCUCCGUGGAAAGGCACCAAAUGAAAACAGCCGUCCCGCAGAAGGUGUGACACCUGCCAGCACAAAUAGUGGGAGCAGAAAUGCUGUGCUCUCGUGGUGUCCUUGUAGUUCACUUUCAGUUCCGCCACUCUGUACUAAGUGCAUACGGUGGCAGUUAUUAUUAGCACUUGUACUUAUUGCAUAUUCAUAGCGUUUAGUACAACUAUAGUUGGUUUGCUCUGGUUUAUAUCAGUUACAAGAUUUGAAAACCUGAAGCAUUUUCUCUUGAUUUGGAUUGGUUUGGGUUGUUUCACACUGGUAAAAUACAAGUGCAUCAAAAUGUGUUACAUCAAACUAUGUGGGAAUGUUAUCUCCGCUUAUAUGGAGCAACAGCAAACGUGGCAUCUGCUAUAUUAUUUGGCUCUAGAGUUUGUGUGGGAUUUUUGCGACCAAGACCACCUACGCUCAAGGUGACAUUGUUUUGGUCAUCACCUGAGAUUGAUUACUGUGUUCACACCUGCCCAAACAAAUCGCAUCAAGGGUAAAAAUGAUCCAGUUUAGUUUGAAUGAGUCUGAAUUUAAUUGGACUAAAAAAUUACAUGUGUAACGUUCACACGUUUUCUGUGGUGCAGACCGCCUGUUUCAUUUGCAGUAGUUUGAUGCAUUCUUUAUGCGGUUGCCAGUUAUGCUAGAGUAGAGUCACCUACUUUGUUUUUUCGCUGUAGCUUGAGCCAGUUUUGAGGCACUUCAAGCUAAUUUUCUAGCAGGAGGACCAUUAUGUUUUUAGAGCCUUUCACAUAAAAGGGGGUAAAGUGAUGGUAGUCCUGCUGUGUUAGCAGUGUUGCCUUACUGUGGUCAUUUUGGUUAUACUGAGAUAGAUGUACACAAGCAUCUUUAGUCUUGACUUUAAGUUAAUCUGUAUGUGUUCUGUUCAUUUUGAGCAUACGCUCCAUAAUCAUUCUUAGAGCCUUCUUUAGAUUUAAGCUGGGUUGACAGUGUGAUUGUGUUUCUUCUGAUGUUCUGGAUGUGGUUUAGGCAUUCUGAUCAGGCAAAGGCAUGAUCUGUAGUGUAUUGUUCAGUAGUGUAGAUAGUUGUUGUUCCUCCCUUGUGGCAUAGAAAGCCUGUUUUGGGUGCUGAACGAGAAUCUAGAACCUAGAUUUUUGGGGAGAAAUUUCUGGAUUGAUGAAAAAUGAUGAGAGUGGUGUAGCUUUCAGAGAAGUUUGAGGUUGUAACCCAGUUGAUAUGUAGAGUAUGUGUUGACUUGAGUUGCAUGUCUUCUGCAUUAGCAUCGUGAUCUAAAUGAGAUUUCUUUUAGUUUUUGAUUUUUGGUGAUUCGGUUGGAAAUUACGGAACGGGGUCUCCGCAUGAGCCCGCUAUGCUUGUGUGGGAGAAAAUAUAUUGCCAAACUUAUAUGGCGCUACGUGUUUACCUGCAUAAAAAAGGGCUAGUCAAUUACAAACUCUAGGUUUGAGGUUCAUGUGAUGUUCUUGUUUGUAUGUGGAAUAAUACACGAUUGUACUUUUCAGGGCCUGUUUUGUAGGUGCACUGAAAUAGAAGGAGCGUUUUGAGGGGUUUCUUUUGAGAUUGGCAGAGUUAGCACCUCUUUGCAAGAUUCGUUUGGUUUGGGAAAAGUAAGUGGCCCUCAGGUUUUUCUGCCUUUUGUGUGACUGUCCUUUGUGUGCGUAUUUUUCUCAUCUUUUCUUGCUAUCUUCUUCUGCUUGAGGGAAUACCCCUCAAGAGAGCGAGUGUGAGUGUGUGUACUUGUGUUGAGCUGUAUGUGACGGCGAUGAGACCUAAACCUGUGCCUCUCGUGGUCUCAUUUCGCCAAACGGCUUGAACGUGGCAACAGAAACCUUGGCGACAGAUCCGUAGAAAACGACUUUUCUUUCCCUCCCUCCUUUUGACCGAGGUCUCGUGAAGGGAGUCGAGCCUUGUGCAGGCGCAUUGCUUCAGGGAAAUUACGGUCCUGUCUCGGAAAUUGCCACAUCGCCCUCUGUGCUCUCUCUCUUUCUUUCCUUCUUUCCUACUUUUAUUAUUUCCUAAGAAUUUUGUCUGGAUUUUGACCCCGUCCAGUUUCCACAACACAUCCAACCGGGAUGUUUACACUUACUCUGUGCCUUGCUCCUCACAACGAAGCUUUCUCAACGGAAAAUUCCCACCCCUACACUCCCUUCCCCCUCCUCCCUUCUGUUUUGUGUGUGUGUGUGACUUCACACCUCUGUAAUGUACUGUACUGUACUGUAUCUAACUAGGCUAUGCAAAAAAUAAAGUAAAAAAUGGAGGAGGAAAGUAGGGGUGGGGUUUAAAAAAAAAAAAAAAGAAAGAAAAGCUCACGCACUCUCAUGUAUGAGGUUAUAUAUGAGUGCGCUAUGGUUGUCAGUCCAUGCUAGCAAUACUAUUCUAAAUACACAUUGCACUGUACGUUAGUAGGCAUACAUCUUAAUCUAUUUAAUUAAUAAGAGAUUUGAGGAGGAGGAGGAGGAGAAUGAAAGGGGACAACAAAUGGUUGCUACUAUGAUGAUUUUUAGGUGUUGAAUGCGUUUGUGAGGCCGUAUCUUUUGCCAUGUAAAAGGAGGAAAGGAAGGAAAAUGAAAAAGCCAUGACGGUUGGUGUUUGUGUCCUCAUGUCUCGUCUUGUAAUGUGAUCUGAUCUAAAUAGCUCAGUUUGCAGUCGCUCCAGUGCGUCCUCUGUAAUUCUCCUGUCAGCCUGCCAUGGGAGAGACUUGUUUUCCCUCCUGUGCCACGGGUAUAUUCAUAAUGCUCUGUUUUUUUGUUUUUCCCCAUUUUAUGCAGUUCCAAACUGGCAGCAUUCAUGUUACUGUAUUAGUUUCACCUCACUGGCAGCACUCAGUUUUCACACAGGUUGUAUCUGUAAUGGUAAAUCUGGCUUCUUCACAAAACUGAGUGGAAUUCUGCUGUUUUGGUGUUCUUUUGCUUAUCAGCGACUGAACUCUGAACUGUGGACAUUUUCUGUUUUUUUUUUUGUUUGUUUUCAUUUUUUUCAAGUUUUUUUUUUUUUUAGUUUUUUUUUCUCUCCAAAGUAUCUGCCCAAGUGGACUUUAAAUGACGACGCCUGUGUUAGAGGGCUGUAUGAUUUGAACAGUGUGAUUACAGUGUGAAGCUUUCUAGCCCUUUCUGCAUGUCAUAUGAAUAAGUUGGCCUUUCACACAGGCUUAGGGCAGUUCUUUCCAUCACAUACCAACGUAACUUACUAUUUUAAUGCCAUAAUUUGUACCAAUCAUUAAUGUUCAGUUAAAAACGUGUAUCUCAUGUAUGUUUAUUGCGUUUCUUUGACACAUAUUUGUUGACAGAUUUUGUGCGCAGAAUGAUUUUUUUUUUUUUUUUUUUUGACAAAACAACAGCAAAAAAAAAGAAGAAAAAAAGGUAAAAUGUUUGCAUGAAGUGGUCAUUUGAGAGCACAGACCCUUUUCUUUGUUCUUAUCGCCUAGAUCAAGCCAAAAAAAAAAAGGUUAAAAUGUGGAAACUGAAAUACAAGCACUGAAAUGUGUGGUUAUAUUGUACUGCUAGGGAUUAGUAAGAGGUUGGCUGUGUACUCUUUAGUUAUUUGUAUUUUAUUUUUGUAAUAAAAUAAAUGAUAAAGCA